UCUCGUAUCGUCUCUCUGGCUCAGCGUGGAUUUCACCAUUUCUGUGAGUCUGCAACUCAAUAAGAAUGCUUCUCUCCAUUGUACACACCACCUUCACUUCUCCAUACCAAUACACCGCCUUCCCCUUCCAUUUUCACAGCCUCCAUUCCAUCAAUUUGCUCCCCAGAACUCUGUUUCCUGCUUUUGGAACCGAACCCACAAAUACCCUCAAAGCAUUUCUCCACUUUCACCAAACAUCGAAGAAAUCCCACUUCAGUACAUUCACCUCACUCACCACCACUCGUGCUUCUCUUAUCGAGGCCCCAAUUUUGUGGGCUGGUAGAAUUUGCAUCUUCUACGCCCUCUUGAGAGCUGGUUUCGCUGGAUCUCAAUCCAACCCUCUUGUCUCAGAUUUGGAUGUUUCCUAUGGUGGUGGUGCUGCUGGGGAAAGUGGCAGUGAUUUGGGGUUUUCUAAGUGGCUGGAGAGUGUUAGAGGAAAGCCAGUGGAUGAAGCAGCUGAUAAAAGGAAACUAGUGAGCAAAUGGCAUCCUACCACGAAGGGCACUCUUCGGAGGAAUUAUCGGGUGCCUUCUAAAUCCGAAGGACGACGACUUCUUAAAGCCAUUGCAUCCCUGCUUUCUGACGACGAUCACUUCAUCGACGCCACUUCACACAAGGGCUGCCAAAUCAGGAGGGAAAGUGCUCAUGGAGAGAGUGUUUGCUGUAACAAUGUGAGAGCUCUGUUUGAUGAGCUUCCAACUCCACAUCUUAUUGUGGAAAUAACUCCAUUCCCUGCUGGGCCUCUCAAUCAAAAGGAUUACACCAAGGCUGAGAAACUAGAGAGAGUGCUCAGAUCUGGCCCCUCUGUUUGAAAUAUUUCUUACUUCUUCUCUGUAUUUUAUACCUCUACUUCUUUGUACAGUGUUCAAACUCAAACUAAUCCAUCGAUAGGGGCGUCAAUAUUGCAUAAUGUCGGUGUGAAACGUUUCUUAGACAUUAUAUAAGGGAUUGCCUUUUGGGUGCCCUAAAACAUAUUCCGCAUUCGAUCCUUCUA